UGAGUAGGUUGGCCAGCAGUCAUCAUGGCGUCGUCCUCGGUGAAGGUGGCGGUGCGUGUGCGGCCUUUCAACAGCCGAGAGAUAAACCGAGGAGCCAAGUGUGUGAUCCAGAUGCAGGACAAGAGCACAUGUAUUAUUAAUCCCAAGCAACCCAAGGAAGCACCCAAGAACUUCACUUUUGACUAUUCAUACUGGUCACACAGCUCAGAAGAAGACCCAUCCUUUGCAUCUCAGGGGAAGGUGUAUCAGGACAUUGGCGAGGAGAUGCUGCUUCAUGCUUUCGAGGGCUAUAAUGUGUGCAUUUUUGCUUAUGGACAGACUGGUGCAGGAAAGUCGUACACAAUGAUGGGAAAACAGGAUCCGGGACAGCAAGGCAUCAUACCACAGAUGUGCGAGGAUUUGUUCAGACAGACGGCAGAUAACACUGACCCUGACCUGUCCUUCUCUGUUGAGGUUUCAUAUAUGGAGAUUUACUGUGAGCGGGUUCGGGACUUGCUGAACCCAAAAAGCAAAGGGUCCUUGAGGGUCAGAGAGCACCCGAUAAUGGGCCCUUACGUAGAAGACCUCUCCAAAAUGGCAGUUACCAACUACAGUGAUAUUGCAGAUCUCAUGGACACUGGCAACAAAGCCAGGACGGUUGCUGCUACUAACAUGAACGAGACCAGCAGUCGCUCGCAUGCGGUCUUCACCAUCCUCUUCACUCAGCGUCGACAUGAUAACAUGACCAGUCUGGACACCGAGAAGGUGAGCAAGAUCAGUCUGGUUGAUCUGGCAGGAAGUGAGAGAGCAGACUCAUCCGGAGCCAAAGGCAUGAGGCUGAAGGAGGGAGCCAAUAUUAACAAAUCUCUGACAACACUGGGUAAAGUCAUCUCAGCACUGGCAGACAUGCAGGGCUCGAAGAAGAGACGCUCUGAUUUCAUUCCCUACAGGGAUUCUGUGCUCACGUGGCUGUUGAGAGAAAAUCUAGGUGGAAACUCGCGCACGGCCAUGAUUGCUGCUCUGAGCCCCGCAGAUAUUAAUUAUGAAGAAACACUCGGUACUCUCAGGUAUGCAGACAGAGCCAAGCAGAUAAAGUGUAACGCUGUCAUUAACGAGGAUCCGAACGCACGGCUUGUCAGGGAGCUGAAAGAAGAGGUCAACAGACUCAAAGAGCUCCUCCUGUCUCAGGGGCUCAGUAACCUCAUCGCUGCUUCAGGGACUGAAACGGGCCGCCUGGCUUUGGGAGGAGCGUCAGGUGAGCUCCAUCAGCCCUCGCUCUCAUAUGCACCGUCUACCUCUGAUGCACCGAUGGAGGGUGUGACGCCCACCAGUCCCACUGCGCACAUCAGCAAAGAGGAGGCUGUGGAGAGACUCCAGGAAACAGAGAAGAUGAUUGCAGAGCUGAAUGAAACAUGGGAGGAGAAGCUCAGGAAAACCGAAUCAAUACGACAAGAGAGGGAGGCGCUGCUGGCUGAGAUGGGUGUGUCUGUGAAAGAGGAUGGAGGAACAGUGGGUGUCUUCUCGCCCAAAAGAACGCCCCACCUGGUGAAUCUGAACGAGGAUCCUCUGAUGUCAGAGUGUCUGAUCUAUUACAUUAAAGAUGGAGUCACCAGACUGCAGGAUCUGGAGAAUCAGUACCGCAAAGAGAAGGAGGAGGCCGACCAGAUACUGGAACAGCAGAGACUGUAUGCAGACUCAGACAGCGGUGAUGACUCAGAUAAGCGGUCCUGUGAGGAGAGCUGGAGACUCAUCUCCUCUCUAAGAGAGAAAUUACCAGCCAACAAGAUGCAGUCUAUCGUGAAGAAGUGUGGUCUGCCCAGCAGUGGGAAGAGGAGGGAGCCGCUGCGUGUGUAUCAGAUCCCCCAGCGCCGCCGCGUACCCGCCACCCAGGAGUCCAAACACAGACUCAGCUUGGAGGAGCUUCGCACGCAGGCUGUUAAAGAGAUCUGCUAUGAGGUGGCGCUUGGAGACUUUAAACACACUCGGCAAGAGAUCGAGGCCUUGGCCAUUGUCAGGAUGAAGGAGUUUUGUCGGACAUACGGCCAAAAAGACCCUCAGGAGAGAGAGAGCUGGAAAAGUGUGGCCAAGGACGUAUGUGAGACGGUGGGCAUCGGAGAAGAGGAAGGAGACGGGGAGGAAAGAACGACGACAGCAGCUGGAGGAGGAGCGAGCGAGCGAGGAAAGACAGAUAUGGGAGAGCUCAAAGCUCAUAUCGACAAGCUGACUGAUAUACUGCAGGAAGUCAAGUUGCAGAAUAAUAUGAAGGAUGAGGAGAUCCAAUCGCUGAGGGACCGCAUGGUGAAGAUGGAGAAGAUAUUCCCAGUCGAAGAUCAGGGAGACGACGAUGACAUCGGCUUGGAUGGGGUCAGAGGUGACGAGCCGCCAGCUCAAGUCGACAGAUGCGACGAGGAUUCUGGCUACCAGCGGGGUCGCCAUCGCUGGCAGUACCCAGAGAAAUAUCACAACCCUAAGCGUCGCAAAGGAGCCGGCAAUCAGCCAAUCAACGCCCUCUACUCGGCGCCUCCCUCGGGACACUCUCAGAACAACCCGUUCAGUACGGCAUCGUCUCGAUUCUCAAAUCCGUCUUUCUGUUCUCAGACCUCUCGCCACCCCAAUGGGCCUUUCAUGCCAGGCACGGGACGCUUCUUGCCACCUCAUGAGAGGAAGCUACAGUUCCCCUUUAAGAAUAAUUCUCAGCACCGAGGCUUCAUCUGGGGUCCGUCAUCAGGGGGUGAAAGGGGAAAGGACCCUUCCACUCAGUCCAGUACGGAUUUGAUUCAUACUUUCCACUCAUCCCCCUCACCAAACAAAGGCCAGUGGCCAAACAGCCAGCAGUGGCGCAAUCACGGGAACAGAGGCUACAACAACUGUGGGAACAGGCAACGAUCCAGAAACAGGGGACGGAAUCCAUUCGAUGGAUAUUUAACCAAUGAACAGGCUGGAAAUGCUGAGCGUAAAGACGGUGGCUCGGUCCAGCACAAGCAGGGUAGAGCGCGCUACACCUGGUACAAUCCCAGCUUCGCUUCAGACCAGUCUGUUGGAGACGGAUUCCAGCACAGCUACAACCAAAGCAGACAAGGUGUCUACAAACACCCCAACUCACACUACCAGCACAUCCCUCCAGAGAUGACCCAGCGUGGGUCUGAAGGCAAUCCCAAUCCACCAUCCAUCCCAGACUGCAGUAUGGAGACCUGAUUUAAUCUGCGGAGACCUGGGAGCCAUAACACUCUGAUUCUCUUGUGCACAGUUCUCGCAUGGGGCUCCUAGAAACCUCAGACCUCAGAUAUACGGUGUUUUGGCUUGUUGUGGAAGGAUGCUGGGAGAAACUCCUUGUGCAAUAAGUGCAAUAACGCCUUCAUGUUUGAAAUGAGACUAUUUUAUGCAACUGAGUUUUUAUGUACAUAUUGCAGUUUCAUACCUACACCUACAGUGCUUUAUGAGUGAUGUUUUUCUGUGC